AUGUCGAACCUCAAGGGCAGCCUCUCCCAGUUCCAGGAGCUCCUCCUGACGCUCCAGGAGAACCUCGUGGACGGCGUCAAGGUGUUCCUCAAGGGCACCCUCGUGUUGAUCCUGAAGGGCACCCUCCGGGCGCUCAAGAACGGUAUGGACAGAAGAGGACGGCGGAGGCGAUGGAAUCAGGGGUUUGUGGCAGGUUUGAAGGCGUUGGAUAGCUUUGGAGUGGCGCCUCAGCGCAAGCCGGGGGACAGGCGUUCCGAGAUCCAUUUCCGGCGGCUCCGCGCUUGGGCAGAGGACUUCGAGACCUGCCAAAGCCCCCGCGUGCGGCUCAUGCAAGCUGAGGACGUGACGGAUAGAACGGAUGGGUGGUCCCUGGGCGAGAGACUGGGAGUGGACAACAAAGCUCAGGAAAGUGCCAAAGAUGAGGAGCAUUCAUUUAGCAACAGGCGAGCCAAGCUGCUGCUGGUGGCCAUGCGAACCUCAGCAGUGACCAUGGGAGUGGCUGAGUCCUCGAGAGCACCGCGCAUCCCGGCGCUGGGACUCUCCAAAGCCUCUGAGCACCAGAUCCUUCUGGCCAUGCAGCGGGAAGGAAAAAUCACCGCCUCGUGCCAUAAACGGCAGGUCAGCAUUCUGGGUGAUAUGAUCAGUGAGGUGUUCACUGGCAUCUUAGCCGUGACGUUGGUUGCUCUAGGAGCCUGGUAUGGCGUCGAGGAUUUGAGAUCACCACAGCCCGCAGGAAGCUCUGAGGGGCGCCAAGAGGAGAUCGUGGCCGUUGAGGAAUCCAGUGGCUUGCACUUCGUGCUUUUUGGAUCGCUGCUGUUGACGGUCCUCUACUUCUUCAUGAAGUACUUGAUCUGGGUGCUGCUUGCGGUUUUCGCCUGCGGUGCAGUGUCCGCGACGGCCGUUUUGUUGGAACCAGCCUUUGCCUCGUGCUUGCCAGCUUUGAGGAAGAAGAAGGCAUGUGUCCUUCCACAGAGCCUCGCGGACAUGAUCGGCAUUGAGAGGGAGCAUACCUGGACGGACGUCUUUUCUGAGAGCAUCGGAGCGGCCCUGGCAGUUAGCUUCCUCAUAUGGCGGAACAAUGAUACAAUCGGUUGGCUUUUCCAGGACAUUAUUGCGAUCGCAUUUCUCUUGACAUUGCAAAGAACCGUGCGUUUGCCUAAUCUGAAGGUCGGCUGUUUGCUACUGAUUUGCACCUUCUUCUUCGACAUCUUCUGGGUCUUCCUCUCACCGCUGAUCUUCAAGAAGUCAGUAAUGAUCGAGGUUGCGACGGGAGGUGGCACUGGUCAAGCGGUGCCCAUGGUGUUGAAGAUCCCGGCACUUCAGGGCGAUUUGCCCGGUCAGUUCAAGAUUCUGGGCUUGGGCGAUAUUGCCAUCCCUGGGUUGCUGAUUUCUUUGCUUUUGCGUCAUGACCUGGUGAGGAAGCACCGGCGAUGCCGCGGGUAUUUCUUGGCAGGCGUGAUAGGCUAUGCUAUUGGGUUGCUUGCCACGUUUGUGUCCCUCUACUUGAUGCAACAUGGCCAGCCAGCUCUGUUGUUUUUGGUGCCUGGCACCCUGGUGCCGACCUGCUUGAUCGCGCUUCGAAAGGGGGAGCUUCGAGAGCUUUGGUCGGCCUCCUAUGGUCCGGAAUCUGAAGGUGAUGUGGAGACGGCGAAGAAGAACUGA